AUGGAUCAAAUGUGGCCACGUGGAUUCCCUCUGGAAUUCAUCAAAGAUCACAAUAAUGGAGCGAAUCGUCAGAUUUUGUGUCAGAAAAUGCGACGAUCUUCAGUUCAGCAGGGUUUAGUUCAUCACGAUCCGGAUGUUGAUGCGAUUUAUCGAUUGAUUCAUGCGGACACAAAAACCGGGCUCGAUGUGGGAUUCAAUAAAUAUGCUCCAAGUAUUUUGCUGGCUCCCGGCACAUAUUCGCCUUGGAAUUCACAGAACACACUUUUCCACAAAUCCGCGUUUCAUAUUUUGAUGUUACCGAUGAGUGUAUCAUUUCGAACGACGGAUAUUUGGCGAUCGUUUUUUGCGCAGAAAAUAUUGCAUUUGAGUGGCCUGACGGUUUCGUUUACACCUGUGAAUGCGGUGCAAUUUAGGAAUUCGCAUGAUUUUUUGAAAGAUUUUCGUGAUGAGAGGUGAGGAAAAUAUAUUUUUCAUCAAAUUUUUUGAAAAGCGAUUUUUUGAAACAGUGAACUUUUUUGGAUCAAAAUUGAAUUUUACCAUAAAUAUUUCCCGCGACCAUGAACUGAAAAAUUGAAUAAUGUGAGAUUUUCAAAAAUCUUUUUAAAUUUUUUUUUUUGAAACAGUAAAUUUUUUUUGAGAACUAUUCUGAUUUUUAUCGGCGAAAAGAAAAGCAGCUAAAAACUUUUUCAUAAAAAUUUUUUGUUCGUUAUUUUUGAAACAGUGAACUUUUUUCUGAACAUUUAUUUUUUAUGAAUGUUAUAUUUAUCAAAAAUAGUUUUGUCUCUAAAAAUUCAUGAAUUUUCUGAAACAGAGAUUUUCUGAAAUUUCUUCAGAAAAUUCUUGCAAAAAAUUGAAUUUUUAAAGUAGUUUUUCAGUGGGCAGACCGAAAAAUAUAGAGUUUUCAAAAAUCUUGUGUUACUUUCGAAACAGUGAAUUAUUUUUUGUAUUUGAAUUUUCUCAUAACAUGAUAGUAUCGAUGAAUCAGAAAAAUGUUUAGACAUUAAAAUUUUGUGAAACAGUUAUUUUUUUUUUUUUUUUCGAGAACUAUGCUCAUUUUCAAAGCAUCAAAACUUUUUCAUCAAAAUUUUUUUCGCGAUUUUUUGAAACAGUGAACUUUUUCUGAAUAUUUUUUUAAUUUGUAUUGUGGUCUAUUUCGAACGGAGAUAUCAGAAUUUGUUUAGAAUCAAAAAAUGUUAUGCGAUUUUUGAAACAGUGAUUUUUUCUGAAUAUUUAUUUGUGAAUUUCUGUAAAUUUAAUAUUUAUCAAAUAUGGUUUUGUCUCUGAAAGCAUUUUCUGAAACAGUGAACUUUUUUGGAGCAUCUUCCCACUUUGAAAUUGUGCAUAAAUUUUUAUCAAAAAUGAAUUUUACCAUAAAUAUUUCCCGACUUCAUAUGCUUCGAAAUUGAAUAAUGUGAGAUUUUCAAAAAUUCUUGUCCUAUUUUUGAAACAGUGAAUUUAUUUCUGAAUUAUUAUUUUCAUUUGUAUGAAGAUCAGUAAUAGUUUUCUCUCUAAAAAUUAAUGCAUUUUCUGAAACAGUGAAUUUUUUUUCGAGAAUUUAUCUGAAUUUUUGCCACGUGGAAUUCUUCAGCCAAAAAAAUCAUCCAAUUUUCAGCCAAGUCUACUCAGAUUCCGGGAAAAUCCUGCAAUUUCUCGACGCCUGGAAUUGCUCAUAUCAAAAAAUCGAGGAUUGUAUGAAGGAAUUGGCCAAGGAUUUUGUGAAAAACGAAUUUUGGGGAGAAGAUGACGAGAAAUUGAUAGAUCUUUAUAUUCAGGAUUUGAUCCAGGUCAAUUUCAAGUUUCCCGGAAUUCGGGAAAAUCAGGAUUCUUAUGAAGCGAGUGAAAAUGAAACAGAAUUCAAUGUGAAUUGUAGAAGAGCAAAUUUUGAAUUUAGCCUAACUCAGAAAAAGUCGCAGGAAAAAUUAAAUAACUUUGGAGAUAUCUCAGAUUGGUGUGAAGAAUCUAACUUCACAAAACUGGCUGAUUUUCCCUCUGCGCAAGAUUUGAGUCAAGCUCACCAAAAUGAUUAUGUGCUCCAAAAACAUCAGCAAAAUGUGCUGCUCAUUGUGAAUAAUUGGCCAUGGAAAUUUGGAAUUGGACACCUUCAAAGAUUAUAUCAACCAUAUUUUGCCAGCGUGGUUUUUUGUGGCUCAUACUAUCCCGAAGAAUAUCAGAAUUCAAGUCAACAGGGAUUCGGAGAAACUCAAAACCCAUUCAAUUUCAUUCAUAUAAAUCCAACAGAAAUCUAUCGGGGAUUUUUGGGCUAUCAUUGUUUGACACUUUUACACGAGGUUGGCCUGCAAAAUAUUGAGGGGUAUAUAUUUAUGGCUGAUGAUGCACAUUUUAAUAUUUGGCAGCGGAUCGAUUUCACGAGGGUUUUUCAUGUGGUUGGGAUGGAUGUGCCGACAUCGAAGGGCUGGUGGACAAAUCCGGUUUAUGGUAAGGUUUUGGGCUUGGGCUUUUAGGCUUAGGCUUCUUCUUUAGGCUUCUCCUUUAGGCUUUUCUUUUAGGCUUCUUUUUCAGGCUUCCAGGCCUAGUCUUUUAGCUUAAGCUUCAUCUUGAACCUUUCUAUCAAAACGAUUUGUUGAACAAUAUUUUAUUUCCAAAAAUCUAGAUAAAAUAAUUUUGAAACGUAAUUUUACCAAGAAAAAUUUUUCACUGUUUCAAAAAAUUCUAUAAAUCAAAUAAAUAGUUUUUACAAAUGAUUAACUUCAGUUUUUCAAAUCUGAAAUUGAGCUAUGACGUGGCGAAAUGAGCCUUCAGAUUUCGGGUCUCGAAAAUCAUGUUUACACAGCUCCAAUUUUUAAAAAAUCCACAACAAAACCGUAUAUUUUGGAACAAUGGACCUGUGUUUGUUUGGAGUUUGAUCAGCUCAAAAAACGAUUCAAAAUUAUUUUGAAAUAGGGAGCUGCAAUACUCAAAACUCAAAAAAAAUUUCCAGGAACCCCUGCCGCAAAACGCAUCAUUUCUGAAAUCCAAAACACCACUGACACUGAAAAACUGGAAGCCUGGAAAAAAUUCGAAACCGGCCUUAGAACGUUUGGCUACAUUUCGCCCAAUCAAACCGCGGCUGAUGAUUUGCUGAGUGGAAAGGGAAGAAGUGUCUCCGAUUUUUUCUACAUUCCGAAAUCUGAGAUCGAUUAUUAUUCAACGAUUAUGCGAAUUUUCUUUGAGAAUAAAUUGUUUUUGGAACUGGCGGUGAAUCGGUUUAUUAGAUCUGUGAGACAUCAAACGUGAGUUGGGGGUUGUUUAUUUUGAGGGGUGCACCAUUCAACAAAUUACAUUGAUUUCACUUUAAUUUUUUCAGGGAAUUUUUGAAACAGUGGAUUUUUGUUACUUCACAUUUUCAUGAUAAUUAUUCAAAAAAAAAAGAAAAUUUUGAUUUAUAAAAAUGUUGAAACAGUGAACUUUUUCUAUAAUUGAUUUUGACGAAAUUUCAUGAAGAAGUAUUCAAGACAAAACCAUUUUUUAUUUGAAAAACAUUUUUGAAACAGUAAAUUUUUUCUAGAAGUUUUUUUGUUUUCGCUCAAAAAUGUUAAUUUUAAAAUGAGUAAUGGGGUGAGUCAAUCGAAUUAAUCGACGUGUUUUUUGCGAUUAAUUGACAAAAAAAGUGAGUCUUUUAGGGCGAUUAAUUUCACGUUUUUGUCAAUUCAUCGCUUUCAUUUCUUGGCAAAAAAUGCGAUUAAUUGCAAAAAAAUAGAAUUUAUUUGACCCAUAUUUUAAAACGUGACCUAUAUGAGUUGGAAUUAUCAACAAAAAAAUCAUCUUCCUUCAAUUUUCAUUCAUUUCGAAAUGAAUUCAAAAAAUACGCAGUGAAUUUGGGACACGUUUCAAAAAAGUGGUCAAAUAAACAAGAAUGAAACGACCGGCUAACGCCGGUCUUCAUUCUUGUUGCUACGCAGCCUUCGGCUGCGUGCUGAAGUCCGUAUCUACCUUUUUAAUAUCCUACAGUAAUAUCUCAUAAAGUUUCAUAAAAUUAGAAUUGUGAAAUCCAUGGAUUUUUCUUGAAAAAUGAACUUUUUGGAAGUUUUCCAACGUAAUUAAUUAAAAAAUUUUAUGUGAACUAUAAUGGACAUACAUCAUUCAGGAAUCUGUUACUUGGAAGUCGCCUUACUUUUGGCAACAUUAUGCGUUGAAAACUAGCUUACCUAUAAAUUUGCAUUGUGUAGUUCCAGGAUCUGAAUCUGUAGUGUUCAUUAAACUUUUAUUGAUGUAUUUAUCACAAACAAAUAGCUUGUCACUUCAAUUUUUCUAUUAAAGUUAUUUGUAAUCCUACAGCCUUCGUUCUUCUAUUUACGAAACAGUUUUCAAACCCAUUUUGGUUUUAAAAUUUUCCAAAGUAAAACACAUUGUAGUGUUUUUUUUGGGCUAUGAAAUUUUCUCAAAAUUUGAAAGAAAUCUAAUUUUUUUCACAUUUUCUCUGACAAUUCACUUUUCAAAAUCUCAGAUACUGAAACUUCAGAUCUUCUGCAUUUUUGAUAUUUUUUCUUUACAAUUCUGUAAUAAAACCCAGUUGGUCUAACGAACCUCCGCUAGCAAACUUCCCUUUGGUUAAAUUGUUCAUAGAAAUGGGGUUUCCGGAAGAAGGAGGAGUUUAGACCGAAAAGAGGGGUUAUGAACAUUUUAUGCUCUCAGAUGUUGAAUAUUUUCAAUGUUCAUAAAACGUAAGCGUGAGAUUCAAAUUAAGCCCAAAAUUCUAACUCUUAGCUACUUCUGAAAUCAAAUGUUAUGAUUUCAUGAUCUCAAACAUUUAAAUCUUUUGAAAACUUUUCUUUUUCCAAAAAUCCAAUUUUUUUGAAAACCUACUUUUUUUCCAAAACUCCCUUUUUUUACAUAACACCUAUUUUCCGUUCAGAGCCAAAACUAUCUUUUUGAUUUUUCCUAGGAGAUUAAUUUUCAGUUUACUUAUUCUCUUGAAAUCUGAGGGACUUGAUUUUUUUCAAAGACAAUUCUGCUCAAAAAUAUCAAUAAUUUUUGAGCUUCUAGAUUUACGUAUCUUUAGAUCCUCGAAGGAUCUUUAUGUUGAAAUUCGUCGAAAUCCUUUGAUCACCAAAAAGUGUUCAUUUUUGAAGUUUUUUGAAUCCUAGAGCGAUUCUACAGGUCUUGGGUGAAAUUUGCUCCCAAAAGUGAAAGCAAAAUUCGAUGAUUUUUUUUAAAUUUAAAUGAUUUCAUAAAAUGAUAACUCUUCUGAAAAUAUAUCGGCUGCAAUCGAAAGAAAACAUUUCUUAGGGAAAACCCUAGCUACUUGAGAGCAACUUUCAAUGAUGAUUUCAAGUUUUCGAAAACCCCUCUUUUUUCUGAAAUUAUUUUUUUCCUCAAUUCUUUCUUUUUUCGUUCAGAGCCAAUAUAUCAAUAGAAGAUAGAGAAGAUUUUGAAGAUCCUGGAGAUUCUCAAAAGAUUUUAGAGUUAAAAUUCUGAGAAAUUCUUUGAUCUCCAAAAAAGUGUUCAUUUCUGAAUUUUUUUGAAUCCUAGAUCCUAGAGCCUACAGGUCUUGGGUGAAAUUUGAUACCAAAACUGAAACCGAAAUUCCUCAUCUCCCUGAAAUUCUAGGUCUACUACCUUUGGAGCUUUCCAAUUUUCAAAAAUGUGAAUAAAACUUGAAAAAAAUACUAAUUAUUUAUCUUUUGAUUCUAAAUUCGAGAGUUUGUCUUACUCUGGGGAAUUCAAACUUUUAUUUUAGUAAACUCACAUUCUUCACUAAAUUUCAAAAAAUAGUGUAGAAAGGAAAAACGGCAAUCCGAACGUUUUGAAAAAUCAGAAAUGAGCAAAACGAUUCACGUCAAAUUAUUUAAAUUUAAAUCUAGGGCACAAAAGUAGGUCAAACGGGACAGACACACCGUUUAAUAUAUAAGAAAGAUUAUAUUUCGUAUUGAAAUUCUUCUUUUUUGAAUGCAAUUAAUUGCAAAAAUAGAUGGAAUUAAUCGGCAAAAACGUGAAAAAAUCGCACAAAAAUGACUCACAUUUUGUGUCAAUUAAUUGACAAAAAAUAAAAUUGACUCACCCCAUAAACAAAACGGUUUCUAAUGAUUUUUAAUCAAUUUUUUUUGAAACAGUGAAUUUUUUCAAAAACAAAUUGUAUUAUAUUUUUUUCUGAAGGUUCUGAAGAAUAAUUUUUUUGAAUUCGGCUUUAAAAAAUGUUUUCUAACAUUUUUUAUUUUAUAAAAUUUGAAACAGUAAUGGGGUGAUUCAUAAAAAUAAAUUGACAGAAAAAAUGCGAUUAAUUUCACGUUUUUUGUCAAUUAAUCGCAUUUUUUCUGUAAUGAAUACGAUUAAUUGACAAAAAACGUGAAAUUAAUCGCAUAUUUUUUGUCAAUUUAUUUUUUAUGAAUCACCCCAUAAUGUUUUCUAGAAGUUAUUGAUUCCUCGCUCAGCAUCUACCUAAACAACAAAGUUUUCAAAUCUCUCUCGAUUUAUUUCAUUUUUGAAACAGUGAAAUUUUUCAAAUUUCCAUUUCCAGCUCCAACCUCCGCGCAACUUCAUAUUUGUGGGGAAAUCGUGGAAAAUGGCCCGAAGUCUACAAUGUAAAUAUGGUUGCAAUGCAUCCGCUGAAACUCAGCGCCUUCAAAUUUCCAAAUGAGAAUCGCAGGAAAUAUUGUGAGAAGAUUCUGAAGCCUUGGCACGAGAUUUUGUUCAAAAAAUCUGGAAAUUACACUGUGAAAAUGGACGAUGAACCGGAUUAUAUGAACGGUUGA